AUGCCAGCCCCGGUGAACAAGCUGCCAAGCCGAACAAAUGGAGGCUGCAGCAAGUCAUCUCCAUCUGAUGAGAAGCACGCGAAGAAUGGUUUCUUGACUCUGUGUCGCAGACUAAUAACAGGGGCUAUGGAUCAUGUGGAGAACACCCCUGCCGUCACGGCUGCGAAAACGCAGCACAAGCCAUGUGGAGUUGGGCGUUAUUUUCUUUUAGUGACUUAUGUUAUUUACGCUUUUUUAACGGCUCGCGUGUACUUCGCGUGGCCGAAUCUUUCAAAUCUGCUCUUCAGGUCGAAUGCGUACUCGUGGCUGUGCACGACGUACUUGCAGGAAGGGAAUCCGGAUAUGAGGGAGGAAAUCCAUGGGGGGAAGCGGUACAUAUGUGAGGCCCAGAAUUCAGCAGUCGGAAACAUAUUUGUUACAUGCCUGGCGUUCGCUUUUUCAUUCUCACUUGCUGCCGGCUUGCUGCUGGACUAUCUAGGACCGCGCAUCACAGCUGCAAUAGGACAGCUCAUGAACGCCCUAGCAUGGGUACUGCUUGCCUUCGGGUCAGAAUCUGCACAAACAUACAUUGCGGCGUUUAUAUUCAUGGGAAUAGGAUCAGACAUAGGGUAUUUGCCUCUUCUAUCUUCAGCCAACCUCUUCCCUGGACACGAAGGGCUGAUAGUAGCAAUUCUUGGAGCGUCCAAGAGCGCCAGCUUCGCGGUGCCGACUAUCCUAGACAAGAUCGAGGCCGCCAAUCCGGGUAUUGGCCUGAGGGAAGUUAGCCUUGGCUAUGCUGUCAUUGGACCUGGCUUGUGUUUCAUAUUGGCGCUGAUUUUGGUUCCGUACAAGCAUUUCAAACCGUGGAACGAAUUCACGGAAAUGGAAAGGGGGGGGGCAUACCAUCACCCUAUUCAAAGAGUAAACGAUUCUUUCGCCUCUAUAGAAGCCCACGCGUGGCGCGAUAGUUUCAGCAGCUUUCAUGAAGGUCAGUGGCCCCUACAUGCGCAUGACGGAUACUCUGGUGGUACGGCGUCGGAGCCAGGACGUAAAGCUAAGUGCUACCUGGAUGUCCCGAGGCCGGUGCCUUCAACAGGACCUUGCAAAAAGGCACUGUCCGAAGGAGUUGGGGCCGACGAAGAGAAAAAGCGGGACGAAGAGAAGCAGAGAAAGAAUGGAUUCUCAGAUGCCGAUCAAGCGGCGGAGGUGCCUGCGAUAUACCAGGCGACAAGAAUGAGCGUGGCAACAGGAGGAGCAGGGAACGCAGAGACACUGGAUCAGCUAGCUGGUGGAAGGGAGGAGAAGCCGGCAUCCUUUAUCAGGCAGUUCACAUCGCCGUACGCCAUAUGUAUCGUUGUUUACUCCAUUAUAAAGGCUAUCAUGUACGCAUUCUUCACGACAGCAGCAGAAAAUUUACUGGGCAAGGAGGUCAACGAUUUCAUGGGAGCUGCGCUGCCUUUCUCCUUAUUCCCGUGCAUUGUGAUAGGCAAGGUCGUGGAUAUGGUUGGCAUUAUGCCAAUCUUGUUCUUCUUGAACACAUGCAUUACACUGGCCUAUGGAUUCAGCAUGAUUCCAGCACUUCCCACGGCAUACUUUUCUGCUAUUCUAUACAUUUGCUACGUCUCAUUCUACAGCUCGCAGAGCUAUUGCUUCGUGUCGGACACGUUCUCUUCGUCUCACUUCGGGAAAAUUGUGGGGACUAUCCACUUGAUAGCUGGAUUUUUGUCUUUGCUGAAAAUCCCGAUGCAGAAACUCGUGGUAGAUGUUUUCCAUUCUGUUUACUACUACCCCUGUUUGAUUAUGUUGGUGCUGUGUGGCGUCAACUUUCUGGUGCUGCUACUACUUUGGUGUAAAAAACGGACAGAACCGCACCCUUUCUGGCCACAGGCAGCUCGGGACAUGGCAAAGCAAGAAGCUGAAGAGAGGAGGCGUCGCGCAGAGGAGAAAAAGGUGCAAAAAGCCAAAGCUAAGCAGGAGCGGUCGAAGGAAGUUGAACUGAAGAAUCAGGCAACGGAUGUCUGA